AUGUACCAUACUUAUAUCUGGAUCAAUGCGCUCUAUGCAGCGAUGUACACCAAUAUACUAAACUAUAUCGCAGUAAUAGCAACAUCAGGCCCUUCGUCGACCUACCCUAAGCGCGCGUACCGAAACCCUACAGAAGAUUUGGUCCGUUUCCUCGACUCAAAACACGGAGAAGAUUGGUCGAUAUUUGAAUUCCGCGCUGAAGGAACUGGAUAUCCUGAUGAUGAAGUAUAUGGGAGGAUUCACCAUUUCCCAUGGCCGGACCAUCACCCACCGCCGUUCGGACUGAUACCCUCACUCAUGGCCAGCAUGCGAAAUUGGAUAAAUGGCGUGGGGAAAGGUAAAAGGAUCGCCGUGGUACACUGCAAAGCAGGCAAAGGUAGAAGUGGAACUGUUGCCUGCAGCUAUCUGAUCAGUGAACAGGGCUGGAGCGCAGAAGAUGCGAUGAAACAGUUCACGGAGCGCAGGAUGAGGGCUGGAUUUGGCGCCGGCGUGAGCAUACCCAGUCAAGUUCGGUGGGUGAACUAUGUUGAACGAUGGAAAAAUGUGUUCAGCAAGAUAUAUGUCGAACGACCUGUUGAGAUUGUUGAGAUUCAUAUCUGGGGUUUGAGGAAGGGACUUAAAAUCGAUGUAGAAGGAUUUGUGGAUGAAGGCCGAAAGAUAAAACGCUUCCAUCGGUUCGGCAAAGAUGAGUUCUUCUACCAGAAUGGCGGCAGUGUACCGCAAGAUACCUCCUCUUCUGGAGAGGAAGAGCAAGACAAGGGAGCGGAUAAGCCAGACGUUUUGUCCUCAAACGCAUCGUCUACUCCAGUCCAGUCUGCUCGGGAACUCACAGAGCCGGAGCCUGUGACUGAAGCAGCGUGGUCGGCUCUCGCCUCUGCUCCGGCUGAUUCAACGGACAAUGUCGUUCUUCGGCCCAAAAACCCAGUCAUUGUUCCGACCUCAGAUGUGAACAUCGACUUUGAACGGCGGGCCGUGGUAUCAUACACAGAUUGGUCUAUGAUAACAUCUGUCGGCCACGUAUGGUUCAACGCCUAUUUCGAAGGUGGCCAUGACCACGACUCCGGGGUAUUUGAAAUCGACUGGGAGGCUAUGGAUGGUAUCAAGGGAACCUCGAGGAAAGGUAUACGAUCUCUCGAGCGUCUCAAGGUCGUCUGGCGGUACCAUAAACCAGCCAAGGAAGAGGAAUCGCCUUCAGUAGGUAAAGAGCCUGAAGCUCAGGUGCCAGGCGCUCCUCCGCCUGGAAAGGUCAUAUCCGAGCCCGGCCCUGGGGAAGAGGUACCCGAAGGCCGUGCUGCGGAUUGGCGGGGACAGGAAGAAGACGUUGAGGGCGGGGAAGAGAGAGAGCUGCUUGAGCCACGGCGUCAGCAGGAAGGCGAGAAAAAGGAGAGCGAUUCCACUGCUGCCGAGUCGACGCCGAAGGGGUGA